AUGGAAGUCGGCAUAAUUGGUUCUGGAAUCAUCGGGCUCACGUCUGCUCUCGCUCUGGUCGAUGCCGGAUACUCUGUGACCAUCGUCGCCCGUGAUUUACCUGGAGAUGAUUCAUCUCAGCAGUGGGCAAGCCCAUGGGCUGGUGCUGGCAUUCUCCCCCACCCGGACUACAAGGGGCAUGAUUUGCAGACCGAGACCUUCAAAUUUUACUGGGCACUCGCCCAUCGUGACCCGACAAGUGGAGUACAGGCGGUAGAUGUGACUGAGUACUAUGAUGACCGAGACGACGAUUCUACCAUCUGGUAUAAGAAGAUGGCCCCUAAGUAUCGCCGUCUGCCAUCGAAGGAUCUUCCAGCAACCGCCAAAAUUGGUUUCAAAUAUCGGUCUAUGACUGUCAACCCAGCAGUAUUCUUGCCCUGGAUAAAGACGGUACUAGACCGGAAAGGAGUUCGUUUCAUCCGCGCUGAGGUCAAGUCCAUUGAGGAAGCCAGGUCAAUUCUUGGGACCAAGAUAAUCGUCAACGCGUCAGGCCUUGGGGCUUUCCACCUUGUGAAUGACCAAAAAGUGGUCGCUGUUCGUGGCCAGACGAUGCUUGUCGAAAGUGAUUCUCACGAAAUGGUCAUGUUUCAGGGCUCUCAUUACACCUACCAGAUCCCGCGGAUGUACAGCGGCGGCGUGAUUGUCGGGGGAGUCAGUCAGGCAGGCAACAUGGAUCAGAAUGUUGACCCAGCAGUGCGGUCAGAUAUUUUACGACGAAUGAAGCUCGUCGCUAAGGAUCUGUACCAGGAUGUGGAUCUGAGCAAGCAUGUUAUGAAAGACUUAGUUGGGUUUCGACCGAGUAGAGAAGGAGGAUAUCGACUGGAGCGGGAGGGCGAAUUGAUACACGCUUAUGGUUUUAACACUCUUGGGUAUACUUAUAGCUACGGUGUGGCUUUGAAGAUCCGAGACCUGAUCACGUCUGCUACAGAGGAGGAGGCUGUGAGAAGUAAGCUUUGA